UCUCAUACAUCUUGUACACCUGAUGGAAGAGGUUUGUUAUGGUUACCUCCCAUUGUCCUUUAUUCCCUUGUAUAUAGUGUUUGACGUGUUUGUGUGUAUAUAUCAACGCUGGCAAUUAAAUGUCGAUAUUUUGAAAUGUUAUUUCACUUCUCAGUACUUUAUCACAUAAAAUUAUUCAAGAACAUACGUUGUGAAUCUAGCUUGGGUCAUAAAUAAACUAAAUCAUUUUUAGUUCCUCAAUUCCAGGACGAUGCUCCGUCUUUUUUACGUUAUUACGGAUGGUGGCUCGUAACAUUAUUUCAACUGUUCGCUACUGACGUGACAAGACAAUGUGAGUACACCCCCUAUGGCACUGAGAUGUGACGGACAGUGUGAAUUGGCCUUACCGAGGGCUCGUAUCAUACUUGAGUCGAUUGUGUUUGUAUCCCUUAUUGCUUUCCUUUUGUAGUAUUGAAGUACCUCAUUAAAUUAUCAGAAAUUUUGACUGAAUGAAUCAUACGACAAGGUAUUAAUUGCCGAACACAAAAAAAAAAAAUGAAGAAUUUGACCAAAGGUGGUUAGUAAUGUCGUAGUAUCUUCCAUAAGUUCCUUGCAACAAGUGUUGUUUACCUACUGUCAAAACGGUGUGGAGUAUAUGUACAUAUGAUAUUGUAUAUAAACGUUAGAGAGUGAUGUAUUAUGCAUAUCACAUAAACACAGCAAACCGUAGGUAAAAUUUGAAACAUCAAUAUGAAUCGGCACAAUGAACCAAAACGAGAAGCUGAGCCGCCAGUGGAGCUAGAGAGCCAAUUUAUCUUACGGCUCCCACCUGAACCAGCAAAAGUGCUACGUGAAGCUAUUAGGAGUGGGGUUGUUCACCUUAAGGACAGACUUGCAAUUAAGCUUGAAAAUGACAUGAGAUAUGGUGAAGUUAGAGUAGACCAUUGGUUGAUGCCUGCCAAGAUAAUGGAUUUGCCAUCCAUAGUGGAGUCACUGAAAACCAUUGACAACAAGAGCUUUUAUAAGACUGCUGACAUAUGCCAGAUAUUAAUUUGUAAGGAAGAAGAUGAUCAGACUCCAGAGGAAGAGGGUCCCGUCAAAACAAAAAAGAAGGAUCCAAAUAAAGUUGACAAAAAGUUUCUGUGGCCACACGGGAUAACCCCACCACUUAAAAAUGUUAGGAAGCGUCGUUUUCGUAAAACACUUAAAAAAAAGUAUGUUGAAGCUCCAGAAAUUGAAAAAGAGGUGAAACGUCUGCUGCGUGUUGAUAAUGAGGCAGUUUCUGUGAAGUGGGAAGUGAUUUGUGAUGAUGACAAAGCAAAAGUUAUUAAACCAUUUUCAAAUAUAGAUGAAAACAGUGAAACUGGUCCAACAAGAAAUGUUGAUACUUCAAUAGAAACAAGCAACCCUCACAGUGUGGAUGUAGCUGAGCAUGAAAUAUUUGGUGAGGCUGUGAGUGACUCAGAAGAGGAAGAAACAAAAAUAAAUGUCACAGAAUUUGAAGAAGAGACAAGUAGACCUUCUGCUGAUGACAGUCAUAUGUCUGAUUCUACAUCAUUGCAGGGCCUGUCAGCACCACGUGAUCGACUAGUUACAGAAUUCACUACCGACAUGUUCAGUGCUGAACGAAACUACUCAGAACAUGGACCUAAAGCUUCUGGUGGAAGCUCAUUGAAACAAGAGCAGCAGAAUGAAUUUGGUGAACAGUCAGGAGAAUAUCAAAGAGUAAAACAAGAAGUAUCAUUUGAGUAUGAUAUUUUCAAGAAUGAUAUGAACCCUGUAGAAGAGUCUGAAUACAAUUCUAACUCGCAGAUGUCCAAAGAAGCUGUGAAGACUAGAUUAACAGCUUUGGAAGCAGAGUUAGCUGAUUUGCGAACACGACGGCAACAGCAGGAGCUAGAAAUAGCUAACAUAGAAAAUCAUGCUCUUCGAGUGAGGUUUCUAGAUAUCCUUGACAAUUUAUUGGCAGAACAACUUGAAAAGGAACAAGAGUAUCAAGAACUCACGUCGUUAAUACAAAUGCAUGAGGCCCAAGGAGAAAACAACAAGCAAGGUUCAUCUGCAUAAAAUGUAACAGUAUUCUUCAGAUUAUUUUAUUAUUUGUUAGCUGUUUCAAUGAUUGUGUAUAUUUCUCUGCUACAAUAAAUUACAAUUAAAGAGUGUCUGUUUUUAUUGGAA